AUGCAUGAUUUUGAGGAGCGUUCUAAGUUGGAGGGUAAAAAUGAGAGUUACUGGGGGAAAUACAAGUAUAACUCCAAAGAUCUUGUCUGCUACGCCUUAGGGGUUGGUGCGUCAGUAGUGAAUCCUUCAGACCUCAAGUUCUUAUAUGAGAGUCAUGAGAAUUUCUCAGCUCUGCCCACGUUCUUCAUACUGCCCGGUAUGUUGAUGGAAUCCCCUGUAGUGGGUAAAUCAAUGCCUCCAGGAAAAUACGCUGACUUUACAAAUAUUCUCCAUGGCGAGCAGUACAUUGAAUUUCUAUCAGACCUUCCCGGCACUGAGGGAGAAUUCACUAUAAGGAACUAUGUAGUGGACUUAUUGGACAAGGGAUCAAGCGCUGUGGCUGUUGUUAAUAGUGAAAUAUACCAAAACAAAGAGCUGGUGUUCAGAACACAACAGCAUAUUUUCGUGCUGGGUCAAGGUGGGUUCGGUGGACCGAGGAACAGCAAACAAGCUGUAGCAGUGGAAGCUGUCCCAAAAAGAGCACCUGAUGCUGUAGUGGAACAAAGAACAGCUGAAGAUCAAGCUGCUCUAUACAGAUUGUCUGGGGACUUGAAUCCACUACAUAUUGACCCAAAUGUUGCAACAGCCAGCGGUCAUCCAAAACCAAUCCUACAUGGUCUUGCAUCACUCGGUUUCUCAGCUAGACAUGUUCUCAUGAAAUAUGCAGGAAAUGAUUCUUCUAAUGUCAAAGCUCUGAAGGCCAGAUUCGCGAAGCCGGUGUUGCCAGGACAGACGUUAGUUACAGAAAUGUGGUUGGAAGGAAAACGGGUUCACUUCCAGACUAAAGUGAAGGAGACUGGCAACAUUGUUAUUGCCAGUUCCUACAUGGAUUUGAAGAAUGUUGUCAAAGACGGUGCAUCUGCAUCCAACCAAAAGAUGGCAGCACCAUCCGCUUCGUCAUUGAAGAGUGACUCUUUGUUUGCCAAAAUUGAGGAUGGCAUUAAGUCUAACCCAGACAAGGCUAAGAGUGUUGGUGCUGUUUACUUGUAUAAUAUCACUCUCAACGGAAAAACUGUGAAGCAGUGGACUCUGGAUUUAAAAUCAGCUUUGGCAGUAUAUCAAGGUGAACCUAAAACUGGUAAAGCGGAUACAACAAUGACUGUAUCAGACGAUGACCUCAUGGAAAUUGCUGCCGGCACACUUAGCCCACAAGUUGCUUACCUAAAGGGAAGGAUUAAGAUUGCUGGAAAUAUUAUGUUGGCUCAAAAACUCGGACCUUUGCUUAAGAGUGAAGCUAAAUUAUAA